CUGCACGGUGGUGCUGGCGAGGCGGGUGCGACCGCUGCGGUCGACGUCCGCGGGUCGGCGCCCGGCACGCGCGAGACGGCGCUGCUCGACCCCACCAACACGGUCCAGCAGGUGCAUGCGAUCGUGCUGGCGGGCGGCAGCGCGUUCGGUCUGGCCGCCGCCCAGGGCGUGAUGCGCUACCUGGAAGACCGCGGCAUCGGGUAUGAGACGCAGGCCGCACGGGUGCCAAUCGUCCCGGCGGCCAUCCUGUACGACCUGGGAGUCGGCGGCGACGCCGUCCAUCCGGCCCACGGCGGACUGCGGCUACCGCGCCGCGCGGGCCGCGAGCGACGCGCCGGUCGCCGAGGGAGCGUCGGCGCGGGCCGGCGCCACCGUCGGCAAGCUGGCCGGCCCGGGCCGCUCCAUGAAGGCGGCAUCGGCACCGCGCUCAUCGAGCUCCCCGGCGGCAUCCGUGUCGCCGCGCUGAUGGCGGUCAACGCCGUGGGCGACAUCGUGGAUCCCGAUACGGGCGCCAUCGUCGCCGGCGCACGCACGCCCGACGGGCUCGGAUUCGCCGACGCCCGGGCCAUUCUCCGCGGAACCGGCGCCUCCGCGCCUCCGCCGGCGGCGCGAGAAUACGACGAUCGGGAGGUGUCUCCUGAACGCUGCACUGCUUGCCGUGAUCGGUCUCGUCGUGCCUGUAUCUUGGGCUACCGCUUCUACUCGAAGUUCGUCGCCGAGAAGAUCUACCAGCUCGACCCCAACUUCGAAACCCCCGCGCACUCGAUGCGGGACGACAUCGACUACGUCCCGACGAACCGCUUCGUCCUCUGGGGCCAUCACUUCACGGCGGUGGCGGGCGCCGCGCCGAUCAUCGGCCCCGGCAUCGCCGUCAUCUGGGGCUGGCUGCCGGCGUUCCUGUGGGUCGUCAUCGGCACGAUGUUCUUCGCCGGGGUGCACGACUUCGGUGCGAUCUGGGCAUCCAUCCGCAACCAGGCGCGUUCGGUCGGCUCGCUGACCGGUGACGUCGUCAGCCACCGCGCCCGCACGUUGUUCAUGAUCGUCAUCUUCCUGCUGCUGCUGAUGGUCAACGCCGUGUUUGCCGUCGCCAUCUCGAACGAGUUCCAGGCGACGCCCAGCAGCGUGAUCCCGGCCUGGAGCGCGGUUGGCGUCGCCGUCGUCAUCGGUGUGCUGAUCUACAGGGUGGGCGUCCCGAUCACCUGGCCCACCAUCGUCGGGACGGUCAUUCUCUACGCGGUCAUCUAUCUCGGCGAGGUGGUGCCGGUUACGCUGCCGGACCAGGUAGUGGGUCUGGCGCCUGGCGCGCAGUGGAUCAUCAUCCUGUUCUUCUAUGCGGCGGUGGCGUCGAUGCUGCCCGUCUGGCUCCUGCUGCAGCCGCGCGACUACAUCAACGGCAUCCAGCUGUUCAUCGGUCUGGGCAUCCUGUACGGCGCGGUGCUCAUCGCGAGUCCGACCAUCGUCGCGCCCGCGAUCAACCCGAACGUCCCGGCGGCGACGCCGCCACUGCUGCCACUGCUGUUCGUGACGGUCGCCUGCGGCGCCAUAUCGGGCUUCCACGGUCUCGUGGGCUCCGGCACCACGUCGAAGCAGCUCAACAAGGAGACCGAUGCGCGCUUCGUCGGCUACCUCGGCUCGGUCGGCGAGGGCGCGCUGGCGCUCGUGGCCAUCAUCGCCGCCACGGCCGGGUUCGCGACAUUCGGCGACUGGGAAGCGUUCUACCAGACGUACAACACACAGGGCACCGGCGCGUUCGUGCGCGGUGGGGCGCAGAUCGCCUCCGCCGGCCUGGGACUCCCGGUCCCGUUCGCCGAGACACUGCUCGCGGUGAUGGUCGUGCUCUUCGCCGGCACGACGAUGGACGCCGGCGUGCGGCCUGCAGCGCUACAUCGUCCAGGAAUGGGGCACCAUCUACAACAUCCCGCCGCUGCAGAACGGGUACAUCGCCACCGGCGUCGCGGUCGGCGCCUGCCUGGUGCUGGCGUUCGGCGCGGGCGGCGCCGGGGGCACCGGCGGCAUGGUCAUCUGGCCGCUGUUCGGCACGACCAACCAGCUGCUCGCGGGUUGACGCUGCUGGUCAUCAGCGUGAUUCUCGUCAAGCUCGGCCGCCCUUCGCGGUACACGAUGAUUCCGAUGGUGUUCGUCACGGCGAUGGCGUUCCUGAGCGCCCUAAUUCAGCUGGUGGAUCUCUAUCGGGCAGGCAACUACCUCCUGAUUGCCAUCGACCUGGUGAUCAUCGUCGCCGCAAUCCUCGUGGCGCUCGAGGCCGCGUCGGCAUUCAUGCGCGAGAAGCGCAAGGCCGCGGAGGCGACCGGCUGA